AUCACCGGAACUUAGGAUGAAGAAGAAGAAAAGUCGCGGCGGGAACCUAGUGUGUGGAUGCGGAGUGUCCGCUGCUCUAUUGGGACAAGUUUAGUGUUUUAUUUUUGGUAAAGCUUUGCGCGGGCUGUCAGUAAUUUGAGGUGAAUCUGUAUUUGCAGGCAGCCGUGGUGGAUGAACAGCCCAGCAUGGUUCAGAUCAUUGUUUCGAGUGUUGGGAACAGCCCUGGAGAAUGGCUGCUGGUGGAGCUUCAGGGGGAGAUGAUGUCCAGGCAGGACGUGGGACUGGCUGGAAACUUGAUGGGUGACCUACACUACACCAAAGAGGGUGUACCUGUACUCAUUGUGGGACAUCACAUCCUGUACGGGAAGCAGGUUAAGCUGGAGAAGCCGUUUGCUGUACUGGUGAAGCAGUCUGGGCUUCCACAUGGUGCCGAUGUCUCCAGGGAGACCAGUGUGCAGAGCCCUACUGCAUACACAGUUUCUGCCCUCAUAAAGAAGAAGCUCAUCUUCAAGACCCGACCCAAGCCCAUAAUCACCAAUGUUCCCAAGAAAGUGUGAAUCCCCGGCCAUGUGGUGCCAAACAUGGCAGUGGAGCAGGUGCACUGAACACUGCAUGCUGAUAAGGGACUGUACAGUAGAUCAUUACAUGCAGAUUUACACGAGUGUAUGCCAUGGGAUCUGACGUGAUUUGGACACUAGGGGGUGCUGUUGUACUAGCUGAGGGCCCCUAGGGGUCCCAUGUUAAUACCCACAUCUCCAGGAUGACCUCGCACGAUAAGAGGGGUAUAUUAAGUAGAACCAGUUUGACACACAAUUUUGGUAUUUCAGUGAAUGCACAGCUGUGGUUGGUGAACCUUGCACUUUUGGAAUUCUGUAAUUUGCACUGUAUAUUGUAGUUUUUCAAUUCAGGAUCCUCCAGUGGAAAAACUGCUUUCCACCUAUACGGUUUCUUAUGCCACAAACUUGGUCAUGUUUAUUCAUCUUAGAUUACCGGGAGCCUUUUUUGUGUAUGAAGUGUUAUACAUUCUGAUUGGAUUGUACGUUAAUUUGAAUUAGAGCCUUGAACUCGGAUCCACUGAUAAGGCUUGUAACGUGUAGCUUACGGCUUUCUGUCUGAAUGAUACACAUAUAACACCUUAACUGGUAUGAAAAUCAUUCGAUCAAGCCAAACUGAAUGGGAGAGAGUGUGUGUCGCAGAAGAUAGGCAGCGGGUUAGGAAGCCAACGUUCCAGUUCUGCUGGAUUUUUAAAGAUCUGCUGACCCUGUGAGCGAGCUGGAAUUGCCGAGCUAAAGCCGAAAAGUCUGCUGGGGUCUCCGACUUGGGGAUUUUUGUCUGCCGUCAGCGGCGGAGUUUAUCCACUGAAGACCGAAGGAAUUAAACGCGAACCAUCUCA